UUAACUUCAGUUUUAUUGCCUUUUUCUGUCAAACCAAACAAAAAAAAAAGAGAGAAUCUGAUCAUCUCUGAUCUCAUUUUUCCAUCUUUAACCAUACUUUUUUAUAGUUCAUAUGCUCCAUGUAACUGCAGUCUUUCAAGAAUUUUCUUGCAGAAACUCUCAGCUUGAUUGCUGGUUUGUGUUUGUGUGGUCGUCAUCUUCGAACUCUCUCCGUCUCAGUUAAAUUUCACCGAAUCUCCUCUUCAAAAAGAAAACCCUUUCUUUGUUUUGUUAUUGAUUAACAUGGAAAGCCAUGCAAGAUCUUGCAUUUCAUCGUUUCUUGUGUUAUCACCAUCAUAGUCUCCAAUAUAAUUGUAAAUGAACAGUCAUCGUCACUUAACUUUUUCUCCAAUUAUUGCUCUCUGCAAAGAAAAAUAACUGUUCAUUCUCUUUUUAUAGAAGAAUGAAGUGAAAACCCUAAUCAGUUCAUCAAAACAACAAUCCAAGAUUUCUCUCUUUCUCUUGAUAAUGGAUUUGGUAAGCUCAAGCACCAUAGCAACUACAGCUACCAACAAAAACAGCAGCGAUAUUAUCACUAAUGCAACACCAAUUCUACCGCCACCGACCACUCCGAGCCGCUACGAGAACCAAAAGCGUCGAGACUGGAACACUUUCUGCCAGUAUCUGCGAAACCAUAGGCCUCCGCUGUCUCUUUCGAUGUGUAGCGGUGUCCAUGUUCUCGAGUUCCUUCGGUACCUCGAUCAGUUCGGCAAGACCAAGAUUCAUAACAACGCUUGCCCUUUCUUUGGCCUCCCUAACCCGCCGGUUCCUUGCCCUUGUCCUCUCAGACAAGCUUGGGGUAGCCUCGACGCACUUAUCGGUCGACUCCGUGCUGCUUACGAGGAGCACGGAGGCAUGCCGGAAGUGAAUCCUUUUGGAGCUAGAGCUGUGAGGAUUUAUUUGAGGGAAGUCAGGGAUUUCCAGGCCAAAUCUAGAGGGGUUAGCUAUGAGAAGAAAAGGAAGAGGCCUAAGCAGAAGGUACCAGCUGCCCCAUCAGCACAACAAUCAUCAUCUGCUCCAGCACUUGUUGCUGAUGCCACUGCUGCAAAACAUACUAUGUAAUGGAAGAAGGACAAGAGUGCUCUUGCAAUCAGCAAGUGUCUGGAUGAUAUGUUUUUAAUGGGUUUUUGUUCCUUUAAGGUAUUUCUCUAUUUUUACUUCAUGAGUUGAUCAUCUUUCAAUGGCUUAUAUAGCUGAACAAACACAUGUUAUAUUUAUAUAAUUUGAGGGUAUAA